AUGGCCUUUGCCAAGGAAAUAAUUUCUCGUGCUAACAUGUCCUCUUGCAACCCAUGCAACACUCCUAGUGACACUAAAUCUAAGCUCUCACCUGAUGGUUCUCCAGUUUCCGAUCCCACCCUUUAUCGAAGCCUUGUUGGGGCUCUACAAUAUCUAACAUUCACUCAACCAGAUAUUUCUUAUGCUUUUCAACAGGGUACUCUCUCAUUUGGCCUUUCUAUCUGGCCAUCUUCUAUUGAUUGCUUGGUCUCCUACUUUGAUGCUGAUUGGGCGGGUUGUCCCAAAAGUCGCCGGUCCACUUCUGGGUUUUGUGUUUAUCUUGGCGAUAAUCUCAUGUCAUGGUCUUCCAAACGUCAGCAUGUUGUCUCUCGCUCCUCUGCUGAAGCAGAGUAUCGGGGGUAG